AUGUGGAGGCCACUUUGGCACCUCGGCCCCUGCGUGAGUGUGAGUGUGUGUGUGUGUGUGUGUGCUGGGGGACACCGUGAGAGUCAGUCGGUCAGCCAGUCAACAUUGGAGUUGGACUCCGGCAUACGGAAAAACGGCGAGCCGCAAGCCCGUAGUCGGCCCUCGACACACUGGCCCGUGGUCCGUGACAUUGAUCAAGAGUGUAGUGUUGAUGCCAGUCGACGGCCAGGACAGCAGCAUCCGCCGAGGGGUUCAAAGAAAAGAAAGAUGCUGGUAGACAAUGGACAGCGGACGAUGGCGGUCGCGCCCGUGUUUGCCUGA